UUGGCUAGAUAACGUGUACUUCUAGACACUAAUUCAUGCUUAGGGCUACUGUAGCAAAAUACAUUUGGUCUUGUCUGGCAUGAAUAUAAUACUCUUUUUCUGAAGACUUUGUUUAAGGGAAUAUGUAUGGCUGUGUCUCUAGCAUAGGGCCUUAUGGAAAGUCAGAAAAUUGGUUGGUUUGAUGACAGUACGACUUAUGAGAUGGUGACUUACGUGUCUGAUAACUUGUCUGGAACAGAUUCCCGCCUGUUUUCUUAUAAUUCUUAUAAUUUUCUGAUAGCAAGCUGUUUUCCCCAAGCUAUGAGACUUUAUCCUCUGCUUUAGUAAUAGUUUCUCCCAUUAGGGCUGCCCGCAAGCUUGCGGUGAAGUGCUUUAGCGUAAGAGUGGAUUUGGGGAAUGUACCCAGUUACACCCAGAUACAGACUGGCCCUUUCUGCUGAGAGACAAAGACAAGUGUUUGUGUGUAGCUUACAGGGAAUAUCUCUUGGAGGAGCAUAGAUUCUGCAAAGAAGCAUUCUUGGAAGGGGACAGAAAUCAAACGGAUUGUGUUCUGUGCUUUCAGACCACAGGCUAAGUCUUGAAAACAUGAUUCCUGCAACUGUUGACACUGUCCUGAGUGCUCUGUAUUUAUGCUGCCACAGAAAGAACUGGUUACACUCGGAGAAGAAACACAAGAAACACUAAGGACUGAAAUGCGCUUGCAGCUAAAGUAUCCUCAUCAUGAAUAGGUACACAACUAUCAGACAGCUUGGUGAUGGCACCUAUGGCUCUGUCCUCCUAGGGAGAAGCAUUGAAUCUGGAGAGCUAAUAGCCAUUAAAAAAAUGAAGAGAAAGUUUUAUUCCUGGGAGGAAUGCAUGAACCUUCGAGAGGUUAAGUCUUUGAAGAAAUUAAACCAUGCCAAUGUGGUAAAGCUGAAAGAAGUUAUCAGAGAAAAUGAUCAUCUUUAUUUUGUGUUUGAAUACAUGAAGGAAAAUCUUUAUCAGUUAAUGAAAGAAAGAAACAAACUGUUUCCUGAGUCUACAGUUAGGAAUAUUAUGUAUCAGAUCCUGCAAGGGCUUGCAUUUAUCCAUAAGCAUGGGUUCUUUCACAGAGACUUGAAACCCGAAAACCUCCUUUGCAUGGGACCAGAACUUGUGAAAAUAGCAGACUUUGGCUUAGCGCGAGAAAUCAGGUCUAGACCUCCUUACACCGACUAUGUCUCCACAAGAUGGUACAGGGCUCCUGAAGUCCUUCUGAGGUCCACCAGCUACAGUUCUCCAAUAGAUAUUUGGGCUGUUGGUUGUAUAAUGGCAGAAGUUUACACACUGAGGCCUCUCUUUCCAGGCGCCAGUGAAAUUGAUACUAUAUUCAAAAUUUGCCAAGUCCUGGGGACGCCAAAGAAGAACGACUGGCCUGAAGGCUACCAGCUUUCAGCCUCCAUGAAUUUCCGCUGGCCUCAGUGUGUACCUAACAACCUAAAAACCCUCAUACCUAACGCCAGCAGUGAAGCAGUGCAGCUCAUGAGAGACAUGCUGCAGUGGGACCCCAAAAAACGGCCAACAGCUAGUCAGGCACUUCGAUAUCCGUACUUCCAGGUUGGGCAUGUCCUGGGUGUUCAGGAACUGGUGAAGCAAAAGGAACUGCAGAAUAAAUCAUCUCUGCAUAUCAAGCCUGUCCCUCCAGCACAACCCCCUCCGAAACCUCAUGCCCGCAUUUCGUCAAGGCCUUUUCAACAAAACCAGUCUUCUCAGCAUUUGGUUUACCCAUUCAAGACAGAGAACUCUGGGACUGAGCACAGUCACUACUUACAGGAGGACAAGUCUAACCAGGUUCUUCUGCCUGCAAUUCACAAUAAGGUUCCUCAGCAGAAAACUGCUGCUGGGACUGAGAAUAUAAAUGGUGAACUUAAACCAAAACCUAGGCGGAGGUGGGGACAUCUUGCUAGAACAGUGAAGAGUUCUGAAGACUGGGAUGACUUGGAAGACCUCGAUUUCAGCUCUUCUAUCACAACGAUGGACUUGAAAAACAAGAAGAGACAGAGUGAUGAAACUCUUUGUAGAUUUGAAAGCAUUUUGGACCUGAAGCCUUCAGAUGCUGUAGGCUCUGGCAGCAGUGCACCUUCCCACGCAACCUUUCCACAGCAGGACACUCCCACGUUGCGAGUUUCUGCAGCAAAGCAGCACUACUUGAGACAUUCUAGGUAUCUGCCUGGAAUAAGCACAAGGAAUAGCACAGUCUCCACUUCAAACAAAGAAUCUGUUCCAUCUAAUCCCUGGCCCCCUUCUGGUUUGCCUGGGAAAGCUUCUGGUUUGGGAGGAAGUAUUAACAGGAUGAAUUCAGGGCCCGUGGGAUCAAGCUAUCUCGCUAAUGGUUUUAUCCCUUCGUUUCUGAAGAAGGAAGUCGGCUCUGCUGGGCAGAGGGUUCAAUUAGCACCAGUUGUGGAUCCGUCUUCUAAUUAUGCUUCUCUGAAGUCGGUAAGACCCCACCUCAGCCGGCCAGUGUUGGAUUCACCCCCAAAAAGCACCCCGAGGUUAAUGCCUCUCCCGCCGCCGGCUCAGCCCAUCCCCGGCCGCGUGGACUGGUCUGCCAAGUACGGGGCUCAGCGCUGAGGAGGGGAAACGCUCGGGAAACCGUGCCUGACCCAAGACAAUUUGAUACUGUUUUAUAUGCCUGUACAUUUAAAAGAACCAGAUCUUCUGUGAGUGAGACAUUUUGAAGGGUUUUUUGGUGUUUGUUUUUUUUUUUAAAUUUAAUUUGUAUUCAUUUGAAUGCAAUCUUGUACCUUUUUGUAUAAAAUCGUUUUGUUAUAUAAUUGGGUCCAGUUAUUUUCAUAAAUCUGAUACAUUUUGUAUAUAUGGCUUAGGGGGUUUGGCAUUUUUAUACGACAAAUUUUUAUAACAAGCUUUUUUAAAAUUUUAACUUCUCCUUUAUUAGAUUCAACUUUUAUAAAAAAGUGGGUAAGAAAAGCAAAGUGGUGCAAUAUUGCAGUGGAAGAGGAGUACUAAGGAAGGGGCAUUCAUUAGACAUUUUCUGAAGUUUAUGUGCUAAAUGAGGCUGUGUAAUUUCAGUGAUGCCACAUCUUGAUGCCACGCUUCUGUUGUCCUUUACUCGUUUGCUUUGUACUGUCAUCAAAGGACUGAGUGACCAACAGUCUAAACUCUCCUUUGCAGUCACUGAGAGGCUGCUGAAGGUCAGUGGGAGGCUUUCUUUUUUCUUUUUUUUUUUAAUUUAUUUUUGCCAUUCCACUGGUUUUGUUGGACUGCUGUCCAGUUUUCCAGCUCCAUUCUUUUGCUUUUACCAAAUUUGGGGAAUCUUUUUGUUUGGCGAGGGGUGAAUACGCUUCUGUAGAUCUGUUUUCUGACAUAGUGCUCAUUUGUCCCGCUUCAGAGUUGCUUCUUGGCAUUGUUCUCUAUGAAAUAGAAUGUGGACCUACCUCUGUUAAAUUCAUUUAAAUUGUCUAAUGACUUCUAAGGAAAAAAAUCA